CACCGCUAGAUGGCGUGUCAAUUUUUUUCCUUGAAUUUGAUUGUAGAUGGCAUUGUGAAUAUGUUUAUGUAAAUAAUGAUUAGCAGAUAGGGGAAUAAUAAUUGUUAAUUAAAAGCACUCGUGUCCAGUCAAGAGAAAAGUUUUCAAAUUUUCUAAGAUAUUUAUUGUAUCGUUGUUCAGAGAGUAUUGUAUUUUCCUCUUGCGAGUUGCACCAUAUAUAUGAAUAUACUGAAAUAAUAUUUUGUGAUCUGUCAGUGUAAUCAUAAUACUGAUUAUUUAAGUACUACUGACAUGUUUCUAUGCAUGUAGUGUAACAGUAAUGGUAUAGUGUUAAAGUAUUCAUCCAAGCAACAUAAUAAUCUACAAUAUUUACAUAAGUGUAAUAUUGUUGGCUUUGUAAAAUGAUAGAUGUUAAGAAUGUUGCAAGCGAUUCUCAGGAUAUUAAUCAUGAGUCAGGAAUCCAUGCUGACAGCACGGGAACAAUAUCAUCAACACCGUCAUCAUCGUCUGAAUAUAUGACAGGGGAAGCAGAUGAUAGUUCGGAUAGUAAAGGAGCUAUACCUUUUACUUUAAAGUCAGUGGAGACCAUACUUUCAUUAUCCAAGGCAACAUGUGAAGAAGAUCUUAAAGAAAUGGUAGAGAAGUGUAAGCAAAUGGUAUUAGAAAGUGCAGAGUGUUCAGACGAACGAAAAUGGCUUGUCAGACGUUUGAUUGAAUUACGUUUGAGGGUACAAGAAUUAAGGGAAACAUCAGAAGAAAAUUUGUUGGAAACACAAGUAAUUUUAGGACAUCACUUGAUACCACAAAAGUACCAUAUAACAACUUCUGGACCUGUGUAUUGUGAUCAUUGCAGUGGUGCAAUAUGGACUAUGCUUCAGUCAUGGUACAUGUGCAAUGAUUGCAAAUUCAGUUGUCAUUGGAAAUGUUUAAAUAGUAUAUGCAGAGUCUGUGUCCACGUUGUUGCUAGUGAGGCAGGUGGAUAUACCUACACAAAAGAUAUCUGCCCUGAACAAGGCCUGUCAAACCAAGGCUAUCGAUGUGCUGAGUGCAAAGUGAAAAUAACAUUCACUUUCUCAAAAGGAUUAUCCUUAUCUUGUUUUGGCAGUCCAUUCAAGAGUACAGAAUCAGUGUGGAUAGAACCACGACUUUGCGACUAUAGUGGACUGUAUUACUGUCAGAGAUGCCAUUGGAAUACUGCAAUGGUAAUUCCUGCCAGAGUAAUAAGAAAUUGGGACAUGGAACCGCGAUUAGUAUCUCGCGCCGCGACUCAGCUAUUAACUCUUUUAGAAGAUCGCUCCGUUUUACCUCUGGAAGAAUUAAACCCAAAAUUAUUCACUUUAGUUCCAGACCUGUCCUUAGUAAAGAAAUUACGCGAGGAAAUGCAGAUGAUGAAGCGCUACUUGGUUCUAUGUCCGGACGCAAACCUCGAGGGGCUGCCAUGGAAAAUUGGUAUACGUACUCACAUGAUUGAGAAUUCGGGGAAUUAUUCCAUAAAAGAUCUCAUCGAUCUUAACAAUGGCACUCUUCUGGAAGAAGUUCGCGCUGCGCAUGAUACUAUGCACGCUCAUAUCACUGAACACUGUCAGUUGUGCAAAGCACGAGGCCAUCUGUGCGAAUUGUGUGGUAAUGAUGAAAUUAUAUACCCAUGGGAUGCGAAUUCUAUAAUUUGCCAUCAAUGCGCGGCUGUUCAUCAUCGUGUCUGUUGGUCGAAGCGAAAUCAUUACUGUCCGCGGUGCACGAGACUUCAGAAACGUCGUGCGAUGCAGGAUCAGCAUACUUCGGAUACAGAUGAAUCUAUCGCGGAAGAGGCUGUGACGCUGGAGCUGCAAGGCUCGACGAAAUAAUCCUGAGUCCAUCGAGAAUGAUUAAUUCAUUCGUUCAUUAUAACGCUACCGAGAAAUUGCAAACCAGCCAUUCUAAAUGCCUGGUAUUGCUAAUGCUAAACGUGAACUGUAAACUGUGUAUACGUACGAUUAUUGCGAUAUUAUACGUUCACUAUCUGCAUGCAACGGCGAGGUUAUUGUUUUGUAAAAUAAAGUUGAGCCAUAACUCACA